GUCACACCUGCUUUGAUGCUCGGUCAGGCAAAUCUCAAGAAAAGGCUAUCGCUUUUAUCACUCUGUACUCGGUACCUGUCUUAAAACUGUACUUCUCUCAUUUAUUAUUCAUCCUAGUCAGGCUUCGUCCGCUAGAUACAUUGUCUUAUUGAUCUUAGUUUCGAUUUAGUGUAGAUAUGACCGAGGUAUUAGCCGUAUGAGGGAUCUAAUGUUCACUGUGAAGGUAAAGAUCAUCGAGCAGCGUGAACUUGUUUUGACUUUUAGACGUCAACAACGACUACUUUAACCCCGAGAAAUCUUGCCACCAGUCAAGAAAAAAACGAACUAAAAUGUCGUCUGCUGGUUAUACUCCUUUAAACGACACAGAUGAUGAAAAUAACUCGAAAGAAAACAAAGGAAGUGAAAGGAAGACUUCACUUCUACAGAAUGUAUUAGACAAGACGGGGUAUCCAACUAGUGUAUGGUUCAUCUUGGGAAAUGAGUUCUGUGAACGAUUCUCUUAUUAUGGCAUGCACGCCAUUUUGGUCAUCUAUCUCACACACAUGCUUAAGAUGGAUGAUGAUUCAGCGACAGCUGUUUAUCAUACCUUCAACAUGCUGUGUUACUUCAGUCCUUUACUGGGAGCCAUCCUAGCUGAUAGCUGGCUUGGAAAAUACAAGACUAUCUUAUAUGUAUCCAUAAUCUAUGCUAUUGGUAACAUUGUUGUAGCUGUCACUUCCAUUCCAGCAAUAUUGGCCAAGGUGAAAUUGACUGGUGUUAUGAUUGGCCUGCUUUUGAUUGCUGUUGGUACUGGUGGAAUCAAGCCCUGUGUAUCAGCAUUUGGUGGUGAUCAGUUUACUGCUUCACAGGAACGACUCCUCCAAAGCUUCUUCUCCAUAUUUUACUUUGCUAUCAACCUUGGAAGUCUCUUGUCCAUGAUCAUAACACCAAUACUGAGAGGUGAUGUAAACUGUUUUGGUAACAGCUGUUAUCCAUUAGCUUUUGGUGUCCCUGCUUUACUCAUGAUCACUUCUGUUGCUUUGUUUUGGUGUGGUCGUAAGAAGUAUAAGAAGGUUCCACCUGAGGGCAAUGUUGUUAUGCAGGUGUCCUGUGCAGUGGGGUAUGCUAUUAAAAAGUGUAUCUGCUCCAGAAAAGAUAAAAACGUAAAGAAAGAACACUGGAUGGACUGGGCUGAAGAUAAAUAUGGGACAAAGAUGGUCAGUGACAUCAAAGCAUUGCUCAAAGUUCUUUUCAUGUUCCUACCAAUGCCUGUGUUCUGGACUCUGUUUGACCAACAAGGAUCUCGAUGGACACUACAAGCUGAAGAAAUGGAUGGAGAUAUUGGAGCUCUAGGAACAAUAAAACCAGACCAAGUGCAGGCACUUAAUCCAGUCUUCAUUCUCGUCCUCAUCCCAAUAUUUGAAUACAUCGUCUACCCUCUGCUGGCUAAAUGCAAUUUUCUUAUAAAGCCUCUUCAAAGAAUGUGUGCUGGUAUGUUUUUGGCAGCAGUUUCCUUUGUGUUUGCUGCAUUCUUGCAGAUAGCUAUACAGAACAGCCGUAUUCAUGUGGUUGCACCACCCAAUGGAUAUGCCAACCUUAAAAUCAUCAACGCUGCUCAGUGUGACCUGAAAAUAGCUGGUACAGGAUUGGAUGCCACAGUAUCUGUCGAUGAGGCUUCAACUUACUUUCAUGUACCAGCCACCUUAGACUCACUGAAAGUCGAAAGUCAAAACUGCCCRUCCCCUAUGAAGCAAACAUUCCCAUUGAAAAUCCAAGAACACAGUGUUGAUACGUUUGURAUUGGAAAACAACAAAACAACCUUGUUGGACAAAAGUUAACAGAUCCACUCGCUCCUCUGAAAGCUGGAAUUGUGAAAGUCAGAUUUGUAUAUUUUGGAGGAAACAUUGCUGAUAAAGUUGAUAUUCAACUGAACAAGACCUUGACCUAUCAUGGAGUAUCUGAGUUAAUGUCAAACACCAAUUAUACCAAAAUACUGUCCAACCAUUAUAAUAUACGAAUAAGAAAAGCCAACACCUCAGAUUUACUUUUGAAGAAACAAUUGUACUUUGGUAAUGGAGGAGUUUUUACUGUAGUUGUACGAGAAGAUCCCAAGAAGCCAGGAAAGCUGGAGAUGACCCAGUACACUGAUAUUCGACCUAUGAGCAUAUCCAUGUUGUGGCAGGUACCACAGUACCUCACAUUGACAAGUGGGGAGGUACUGUUUUCUAUCACAGGCCUCGAGUUUGCCUAUUCUCAGUCUCCUUUAAGCAUGAAAUCUUGCAUCAUGGCGGGAUGGCUGUUGACCGUAUCCAUUGGCAACGCUAUCGUCGUGAUAUUUGCCGAGGCACGCAUCACAGACAACAUGGCGAACGAGUUUUUCUUCUUCUCCGGUUUGUUGGCAAUAGUUUUGAUCAUCUUUAUGAUCAUGUCUUACUUCUAUAAGUACGAAUAUUACUCCGUCAAUGGAGUCAAGCCUGGACCAGACGAUGAAUCCCACCCUCUCACAGAAAAAACAGACGCUGCUGCACCACCCGACGACAAAUAGUAACCAAACGUAUCAAUACAUAACUACAAGGCUGCGUUUACAUGGUACCAGACGAAUUU